GGUGCCUUAUUGUUUGUUUGAAGAAACAAUGAAAUGAAAUGAACGAUCACAAUUCAAAAACAAAACCCAAGUGGACCCCACAACCCCAAUCACCAUGCUAAACUCACUUCUGAACUGUACUCACACGUAGCAUCCGCAAUUUUCAUUGUCCCUCCGCCCAGAUAACGCCAUUCUUCACCGUACAUUACAUAAUAAUCAAACCAAAUACUAAUUUUCUUCUAAUCAUUACGAUUUUAUUCAAUUAUUAAAUCGUUUUAUUCUUUCAAGAAAUUAAUGCGAGUCAUUUUUUACUCUGUAUGUCAUCAGUCAUCACACUUCUCUUGCCUCAUUCUACUCAAAUUUUUUUUAUUUUAGAAAUUCUAGAUCUCUUCUUCUUCUCGGAAUAUAAACCCUAAGCUGAUAGAAGAAGAUGGUUUAUACAAUCUCAGGAAUUCGAUUUCCCGCUGUUCCUUCUCUGCACAAAUCCACCUUACGCGACGAUCGCAGAGCUUCAUCUCACUCUUUUUUUCUCAAGAAGAACUCGUCAUCAUUAUCUCGGACCUCACUCUAUGCAAAGUUUUCACGUGAUUCUGAAACCAAAUCUUCCACAAUUGCUGAAUCUGAUAAAGUACUUAUUCCUGAAGAUCAAGAUAACUCUGUAACCUUGACAGAUCAACUUGAAAAUCCUGUUAUAACCUCAGAGGAUGCACAGAAUUCGGAGGAUUUAACCAUGAAAGGUGGAAAUAAAUACAAUCUUGAUGAAGCUGUUAGCAAUUAUAGAGAGGUUGGAGACGGGAAAGAUUCUGUUGUGUCAUCAUCACUUGUAGAUGUUAACACCGACACUCAAACCAAGAAGACAUCAAUUGAUUCAGACAAGAAAGUAAAAGUGGAUAAACCUAAGAUCAUUCCUCCACCCGGUACUGGGCAGAAAAUAUAUGAGAUUGAUCCACUUUUGCAAGCUCACCGUCAGCAUCUUGAUUUCCGUUAUGGACAAUACAAAAGACUUCGGGAGGAAAUUGACAAAUAUGAAGGUGGUCUUGAUGCAUUUUCGCGUGGGUACGAAAAGUUAGGCUUCAUACGCAGUGCUACGGGCAUUACUUACAGAGAGUGGGCGCCUGGAGCUAAGUCAGCAGCAUUAGUUGGAGAUUUCAACAAUUGGAAUCCAAAUGCAGAUGUAAUGACAAAGGACGCUUUUGGUGUAUGGGAGAUCUUCUUGCCAAACAAUGCCGAUGGUUCACCACCAAUUCCUCAUGGUUCUCGAGUCAAGAUCCACAUGGAUACUCCCUCUGGGAUCAAGGACUCAAUUCCUGCUUGGAUCAAAUUCUCUGUUCAGGCUCCUGGUGAAAUUCCAUAUAAUGGAAUAUACUAUGAUCCCCCAGAGGAGGAAAAAUAUGUCUUCAAACAUCCACAGCCAAAACGACCACAGUCAAUUAGAAUAUAUGAGUCACACAUUGGAAUGAGUAGCCCGGAGCCAAAAAUCAACACAUAUGCUAAUUUUAGAGAUGAUGUACUUCCUCGCAUUAAAAAACUUGGCUAUAAUGCUGUCCAGAUUAUGGCUAUCCAAGAACAUUCUUAUUACGCUAGUUUUGGGUACCAUGUUACUAAUUUCUUUGCACCUAGCAGUCGGUUUGGAACUCCAGAAGAUCUUAAGUCUCUGAUAGACAGAGCCCAUGAGCUAGGCUUGCUUGUUCUGAUGGAUAUUGUACAUAGCCAUGCCUCAAAUAAUACAUUGGAUGGCCUGAACAUGUUUGAUGGAACUGAUGGUCAUUACUUCCAUCCUGGUUCACGGGGUUAUCAUUGGAUGUGGGAUUCUCGCCUUUUUAACUAUGGAAGCUGGGAAGUACUAAGGUAUCUACUUUCAAAUGCAAGAUGGUGGCUGGAUGAAUAUAAGUUUGAUGGGUUUCGAUUUGACGGUGUCACAUCAAUGAUGUACACUCAUCAUGGACUGCAGGUAACUUUUACCGGAAAUUACGAGGAGUAUUUUGGUUUAGCAACUGAUGUUGAGGCUGUGGUUUACAUGAUGCUUGUUAAUGAUCUCAUUCAUGGGCUCUUCCCUGAAGCUGUUUCAAUUGGUGAAGACGUAAGUGGAAUGCCAACAUUCUGUCUUCCAACGCAAGAUGGUGGGAUUGGCUUUAACUACCGCUUGCAUAUGGCUGUUGCAGACAAGUGGAUUGAGCUUCUUAAGAAACAAGAUGAAGAAUGGAGAAUGGGUGAUAUAGUCCACACACUGACAAACAGAAGGUGGCUGGAAAAUUGUGUGGUUUAUGCUGAAAGUCAUGACCAGGCCUUGGUUGGUGAUAAGACACUAGCAUUUUGGUUGAUGGACAAGGAUAUGUAUGACUUCAUGGCUUUAGACAGGCCAUCUACUCCUCUAAUAGAUCGCGGUAUAGCAUUACACAAAAUGAUUAGGCUUAUUACUAUGAGCCUUGGUGGUGAAGGGUAUUUGAAUUUUAUGGGGAAUGAAUUCGGCCAUCCUGAGUGGAUCGAUUUUCCAAGAGGUGAGCAACAUCUUCCUAAUGGAAAAAUAGUUCCUGGGAAUAACAACAGUUAUGAUAAAUGCAGGCGUAGAUUUGACUUGGGCGAUGCAGAUUAUCUAAGAUAUCGUGGAAUGCAAGAAUUUGAUCGAGCUAUGCAGCAUCUAGAAGAGAAAUAUGGUUUCAUGACUUCUGAGCACCAAUAUAUUUCACGUAAAAAUGAAGGUGACAGAGUUAUAAUCUUCGAAAGAGACAACCUGGUCUUUGUCUUCAAUUUUCACUGGAACAGUUAUUCAGAUUACAAGGUUGGCUGUUUAAAGCCAGGGAAAUAUAAGAUUGUCUUGGAUUCAGAUGAUACCUUGUUUGGUGGCUUCAAUAGGCUCAAUCAUACUGCUGAGUACUUUACCUCUGAAGGAUGGUAUGAUGACCGACCUCGAUCUUUUCUCGUUUAUGCGCCUUCUAGAACAGCGGUGGUGUAUGCCCUUGUGGAUAAAGAGGAAUCAGAGCCAAUUGAGCUGUCGGUUGGAGUUGAGUCAGAGCCAAUUGAGCUGUCAGUUGAAGUUGAAUCAGAGCCAAUUCAACAGUCAGUUGAAGUUGAAUCAGAGACAAUUCAACAGUCAGUUGAAGCUGAACCAUGAUGACAAGUUUCUGGGAAGAAUAUAUCAAUUUCAUAAUGACAUGGAUGCAAUCAAGUCAAAACUAGCAAUCAACUUAUAUGGUGAUUAGAGCAAGCUCUGAAACUGCAAGGCUGAACUCAACCAAAAUAUGUGGAGCCCUUAUGUUAACAUUAAUCUUUAGUGGGGCAGCAAACCAACGUUGAAGUGUUUCUACACGUGGCUUGCUAGGUCAAUUAUGUAUAGCACGUCAAGCUUUUUGUUUUUACUUAGGGUUUUAAUAUGCAGAAGUUGCAUGGCGUGUGAAUGUGAAACAACAAAAGUACGGUCCACAAACCUCAGAUCCUCCGUUUCUGUAGACAUAAAUCUUAUCUAGACAUAAGUGCACGGACAUUAAUUAAACCCUGGAAAAUUUUGCGGGAGACCUUAUAUAUGAUAUCUCCUUUCAGAGUUAAAA